AUGUCAAACGAAGUAAAGAGAGAAUCAUUCUUUGCAACAGCAGCAAAGGAUAUUGUAGCUGGUUCAGUUGGUGGUGUUGCCCAGCUCGUGACUGGUCAUCCCCUUGAUACCAUCAAGGUCAGAUUACAAACCCAACCAGUCGGUGCUCCUUUAUAUAGUGGUACAAUGGAUUGUCUAAAGAAAACUAUUGCUCAAGAAGGUUUUGGAGGAUUAUAUAAAGGAGUAACAUCACCAUUGGUUGGAUUAUGUUUAAUGAAUGCAGUUAUGUUCUUUUCAUAUGGUCAAGCUAAAAAGGCGAUUCAAGGUGAUAGCAAGGAAGAGUUGAGUGUUGAGCAAUUGGCCAAGGCUGGUGCUAUUGCCGGUUUGACUAUUGCCUUUGUAGAGUCACCCGUCGAUCUCUUCAAGAGUCAAUUACAGGUGCCUGGACAGACACAAUUCAACGGUUUGGCCGACGUUGCCAAGAAAAUCUAUCAAUCUAGAGGUAUCAGAGGUGUCUAUCAAGGAUUCAGUUCGACACUUGUUCGUAAUGUACCAGCCAACUGCUGUUACUUUGCAUCAUAUGAAUUGGCCCGUCGUGCCUUUUUAGAGCCAGGUCAACUUUUGGAAGACUUGCCAACAUGGAAGGUGUUGGUAUCUGGUGGUAUUGGUGGUAUGUCUUACUGGACACUCACCUUCCCAAUCGAUGUUAUCAAAUCCUCUCUCCAAACCGAUAGCAUCGUCCCAUCACAACGUCGUUUCCAAGGUCUCAUUGAUUGCGCUUCAAAGAUUUACAAACAACAAGGUAUUGCCGGGUUCUACAAGGGUUUCACUCCAUGUUUUAUUCGUUCAUUCCCUGCCAAUGCAGCAUGUUUUGUUGCUUUUGAAAAGGCUAGAGAAUUAAUGUCUUAA